GAUGAUAUAGUCUGGUCAGAGUCAUACUAGAAUUGGAUGAAUGAAUCGAAUUCAAAACACACAACACAAACAAACUGGUACCAGCAAAAUUGAAUGAAUGAGCUUGGAGAACAAGCAAUUUUUGCAAUGACAUGGGUUUUACUUUAACACAAAACCCUUUCCUUCAUUGUUUUUCUUACAACAACAUAGUUGCACUGUCUUCAGUUUUCCUUAGCCAUAGUCAUGUCCAUUCCGAGGUUUAUACUCUCUUCAUCCAAGCUACGUUCCACUCGACAAACUCUCAUUCUUCUUCGAAGGUCUGUUCCAUCUAAGACAACUCAAUCUGUUAGCUACACGAAUUCUACACAACAGGGUAAACCAAAAUACGAGCUCCAUCCUCGAUUCUCUCCAGAAUCGCACUCUUCACACCCUUCUCGCUCAUGGGGUGCUUAUAUUAUUCCAGCUGCUGUUUUAGGAUUUGCUGGGAUUGCAGCAUUUUUUCAUUAUAAUGAUGAGAGGAGAGCUGUUCCAAAAGGUCAUCAGGGUAGUAGCCAAAUUGCAAAUGUUGCCAAUGGACCCAUAAUUGGGGGUCCCUUUACACUAAUUAAUACAGAAAAGGAACCUGUUACAGAACGUACUUUUCUUGGGAAAUGGGUCCUCCUUUACUUUGGCUAUACCUCAUCCCCUGAUAUUGGACCAGAGCAAGUCCACCUCAUGGCCAAGGCAAUUGAUAUAUUAGAAUCAAAACAGAAUCUUAAGAUCCUGCCAGUAUUUGUUACAAUUGAUCCUCAACGUGAUUCUCCCUCACAACUUCGUGCAUACCUUAAAGAAUUUGAUUCGAGAAUCAUAGGAUUAACUGGACCCGUCGCUGCUGUUAGGCAGAUGGCACAAGAAUAUCGUGUUUAUUUUAAAAAGGUAGAAGAGGAUGGUGAUGAUUAUCUUGUUGACAUUUCCCACAGCAUGUAUUUGUUGAACCCAAAAAUGGAGGUAGCCAGAUGCUUCGGAAUCGAGUAUAAUGCAGAGCAGUUGUCAGAAGCUAUAUGGAAAGAGUUGAACAAAAAACCUUCUUGAUGCUUUAGAGUAGAAACUUACUGCUUAAAUUCACCACUUUUUUCUAAUGCGGAACAUUUUUAAGCUGUGGCACAAAGAGAAUUUCAUUUUUUCUCUCA